GGCGCGUAAACGGUUGUACCGGUGUGCGGUGUCUGCCUGAGCGUUGAUGUCUGUGUAUACGUGUCUUCUUUGUGGCAUCACACGUCAACUACACUGAACGUUACAGCCAUGAAGAUAUCCAGAGUCUUCUGCCUGGUCUUCGGCCUCUUCCUCUGCCCAGUCUGCGAAGCCAAGCUGGGUCUCGCCUUGGCGCCGUACGUGUGGGCUAGUAACCUGGCCAAGGAUGCGGCGCAGACACUGGUCGCCUACAAGCUGUCUCUGGCUACGAAGGCGCUCGCCAUGAUCACCGGUAAUCGUUCCUUCAGGGCCACCAUCUCCUACGACUCUCAGCUGGAGCGCUACGAAGACGCUCCCGCAGCGGCCGUUGAAGACGACUUGGUCCGGGGUGCUCUUAGGAGAGUCGCGUCCAUUACGGCUGCUCCGAAUCCAGUCCAUGUAGAAAACGAGGUCAAAGUUGUGUGGCUGCCCAGCAUGACGAAGCCCGCGAUACGCCUUCCUACGCUGCCGCCGAUGCCCAAAGUUAUCGUGUCCAAGAUUGUGGUCCCUAAGGUAGUGGUUCCCCAGCUUCCAAGGAUUGUGGUGCCCAAGCUGAUGAUCCCCAAGAUCGUCAUGUCGGAGGUUGCUGUUCCCGACGUCGUGCAGUCCAAGGUUGACCUGCUGACCAGCAAGUUCAACAACCUUGGCAGUAAGUCCGCCGCGAUUCUCGGCGGUCCCAAGUACGCAAGCGGAUACGUUCAGGGCGGCUUCCGCGUUGGUCAUGGCGCUGGUCCCGUCGCUGACGUCCACUUGCAUUCCAAUCCCGAGCCGACUCCAGUCUCCCCCGUCAAGCCACGACAGUUGACCGUUGUGCAAGACAACCCUCAGCUCGAGCAGAACGUGACCACCAUGUCGGCGCCCGUCAACCGCAGCCGCCCUGUCCGUUCCGUCAACGCCGGCGUGAUGGGCCGUUAUUUUAGGUUUAUUCAAGCCAACGACGAAGGGCGCUGCGUGGCGCUGAUGGUUUGCUCCAUGGCCGCGCACCCCCAACACUUCGGCGUCUACGGUCGCAAGGUCGCUGACUUCUUCGAUGACGUCAAGCCCUCGGCGUUCUCCCCUGUGGCACCCUACAAGGAGGCGUCGCGUGUGGGCCGCAGCGGGCGUUCGUGUCGGCGACGCUAUUCGACUUGCCAGGUGGAUCCCAAGUACCUGGCGCGGCUCGGUGAAUCGCAUGUCCACGUGCUCUAGAGUGCAGCGGGCCCGGAGUUGCUC